AUGCCAUCAACAGACCCAGUGGGCCAAGAAGCCCUCCCCAUCGAUAAUGACGCACCGUCGAAAUCAACCUCACAACCCCCUACUCUACCCCCUAAUGUUUCCAUAUUCUCCCCCCAGGACAAGCUAGCCUCAAAGACCCUCCUAGAAGCCCGUAUCUUCACCCGCCUUACCGUCAGCGAACAGACAGACCCUUCCCAGCUCGCCAAGGCCCUCGCGGCAAGCCGAGACGUCAAUCAGGGCUUUUGCUUAAGUCACGGCAACGUGGCGCUGGUCUUUGAUGCCGAGCAGCAGCAGCAGCAGCAGCAGCAGGAGGAGGAGGAGGAGGAGAAGGUGAAGGAUGCGCAUCACGAGCACGUUAGGGCGGUGUGCCUUGCCCUCAAGGACCGGGACAUAGGCCUGGACAUUGCUGGGUGUGUGUUUGAUGCCUCGGGUGCGUUGCAGGCUGGCUUCCAGUUUGACAGGUUGAGCGAUGGGGCGGUGCUGGUGAUUGACCUGAUGGGCAAUGGAGACGAUGAUGACGACUCCUCGGACGAAGAGGCUAAUUUGGGGGCUCUUUUGGCCGGAGGGGAGGUAGUACAGUAG